AUGGCCGCCGCCGCCGUGACAAAGGCGGCUCUUCUCCCGGCGCUUUUCCCAUCGCCGAGACACACGGCUCUGUUUCCAGCUCUUCAUCUGCCGUCGUCGGAGAUGGGCUCCGGCGUGUGGUGUGUGAGAAAGAGAAGAGGAGAGGAUGUAGCUGUCUCCGUCGCCUUCAAUCCUUCUGGGAAUUUCGAUAUCUCUGCCUUCGAAGCUGACGACGAUAGAGAUAAAGUGGAACCUCCGAUGCCUCCGACGAGCGGCCGGUACGAAGUAGUGAUCGACAACGACUCAAUCGGACGGCUUGACUUGUCCCCGUUUCAGACCGCAACCGGCAUAACCUCACCUUCCUCAGCUGAACCAAAAGGCUAUUUGGAUCGAAGCAUUGGCUUCACGAUAAACUACAGGAGAGAAGACCCUGGAGAUCCGAGAGAACUGUCGGAAUACCCGGACAUAAGACUGUGGUUCGUGAGGCUAGAUGCCAUGUACCCUUGGCUUCCUGUUCUGCUUGACUGGCGAGCAGGAGAGUUGGCUCGUUACGCGGCAAUGUUGGUCCCGCACCAGAUGAGCUUGAGGAUGGGCGUUGUUUUCAACCCGGAGGCGUUAGAGCUGUUCGUGAUGACCAAAGUGUUUGUGGUUUAUCCAUGGCUUAAACGACACGGCGUCCCAAAGCCUAGGCUCAAGACUAGCGACAUGGCCAGGAUGCUCGGUUUCGGCAUCGGGGACCAACUCUUCGACUUGAUCGAUCAACAAGACUAA